AUGUUCAAGCUCUUCCUUGCCAGCUUGGCCCUGGUCCUCUUCCAGGGGGACGCGCAGUUGCGAGGAGCCCGGCGACUGCAGGACACGGACCCAGCGCCAGAAGCUCCGGCAGAGGCACCAGCCGAGGCCCCAGAGGCACCGGCAGAGACUCCAGCGGCUCCGGCCCCUGGGGGUCUCACAGCGGAGGAACAGGCGAAGCUCAACCGCGACUUCGUCACGGCCAUCCGCCGUCAGGACACAGCCACCGCCGAGACGCUGCUUGCCAGCGGUGCCCAAAUCGAUGAUAUCUCCAUGAGUGGACCCCACUGGUCGCCUCUGGCCCAAGCCUGCGUCAGUGUUGAUUCAACCAUGGCUCUCUGGCUUCUGGAGCACGGAGCAGACCCGGACGUCGCGGACAAUCGUGGCCGCACUCCGCUUUACCACGCAGUCCACUACUACAUGUACGAUGUCGUUGAGGAGAUGCUCAAGACGGCCAAGAACCUCUCUCCGCAUGAUGGAGACGGGGUGGACAUGCUCACACGCGCGGUGUGGCAGAAGGACGCCCGCAUGGUGGAGAUGCUUCUCGACGCAGGCGCCACGUCCGCAUCUGCCACAACCUCGGCAGAGAAUGCGGGCUGGGAGAUCGCAAAGCUGUUCGGCUACACCUCGACUGUGGCUCCCCUCGUCGUCACGGAGGCGCCCGCAGAGACGCCCAUCCUGCCGUGA